CCCUCGAUUUCGACGUCAACCCAAUUGCCGCCUCAAAACACCGCCAAAAUGCCUCGCGAAGUCGCCGACAUCAAGAAGUUCAUCGAGAUCUGCCGGAGGAAGGAUGCUUCCUCUGCCAGGAUCAAGAAGAACAAGAAGUCGAACCAGGUCAAGUUCAAGGUUCGCUGCCAGAAGAACCUGUACACCCUGAUACUCAAGGAUGCGGAGAAGGCCGAGAAGCUCAAGCAGAGCUUGCCUCCCAGCCUUACGGUCACCGAGGUCAGCAAGAAGGACAAGAAGGCCAAGUCAUCAUAG